UUUCCAGGAUACUCAAGACGCGGCCCCGCUUCUCACUCCCAUUGGGUGUCGGGUUUCUAGAGAAGACAAUCAGCGUCGCCGCGGUCCCGGUUCUGAAGCCCCCGGUCACCCACCAGACUCUCAUUCUCCCCAGACGCCGAGGCUGGGAUCAUGGCGCCCCAACCCACCUCCUGCUGCUCUCGGGGGCCCUGUUCCUGACCGAGACCUGGGCGGGCUCCCACUCCAUGAGGUAUUUAGUCGCCUCCGUGUCCCGGCCCGGCCGCGGGGAGCCCCGCUUCAUCGCCGUGGGCUACGUGGACGACACGCAGUUCUUGCGGUUCGACAGCGACGCCGCGAUUCCGAGGAUGGAGCCGCGGGCGCCGUGGAUGGAGCAGGAGGGGCCGGAGUAUUGGGACCGGGAGACACGGACAGCCAAGGCCGCUGCACAGACUGACCGAGUGAACCUGCGGACCCUGCUCCGCUGCUACAACCAGAGCGAGGCCGGGUCUGACACCCUCCAGUGGAUACACAGCUGCGACCUGGGGCCGGAUGGUCGCUUCCUCCGCGGGUAUGAACAGUUUGCCUAUGACGGCAAGGAUUAUAUCGCCCUGAAUGAGGACCUGCGCUCCUGGACCGCCGCAGCCACUGCGGCUCAGAUCACCCAGCGCAAGUGGGAGGCGAACAAAUACUCAGAGCAGGUCAGGACCUACCUGGGGGGCACGUGCGUGGAGUGGCUCCGCAGACAACUGGAGAACCGGAAGGAGACGCUGCGUCACGCGGAUCCCCCAAAGGCACAUGUGACCCAGCACCCUAUCUCUGACAAUGAGGCCACCCUGAGGUGCUGGGCCCUGGGCUUCUACCCUGUGGAGAUCAAACUGACCUGGCAGCGGGAUGGGGAGGACCACACCCAGGACAUGGAGCUUGUGGAUACCAGGCCAGUGGGGGAUGGAACCUUCCAGAAGUGGGUGGCUGUGGUGGUGCCUUCUGGAGAGGAGCAGAGAUACACGUGCCAUGUGCAGCAUGAGGAACUACCUGAGCCCCUCACCCUGAGAUGGAAGCCGUUUUCCCAGCCCACCAUCCCCAUCAUGGGCAUCAUCACUGGACUGGCCGUCCUGGGAGCUGUGGUCACUGUAGCUGUGGUCACUGCUGUGAUGUGGAGGAAGAGCUCAGGUAGGGAAGGGGUGGGGUCUGGGUUUUCUUGUCCCACUGGGGGUUUCAAGCCUCAGAUAGAAGUGUGUCCUGCCUUGUUGCUGGGAAGCACCAUCCACACACGGCUGACCCAGCCUGGGGCCCUGUGUGCCAGCACUUAUUCUUUUGUGAAACACAUGUGACAGUGAAGGACAGAU